AUGGAAGAAUUUGAUGUGUACUGUGGAGAUGACGAUGAUUAUUGGCAUGCAAUAUUUGAUUAUUUGUUUUUGUGGAAGGAAGAUGAGUACGGGCAUGAAGGAGAAGAUAUCGAUGUUGUCGGAGACGAGUCGGAGAUAGUAGUCCCAACCUUCCUUCUGUUUCUCCCGAUGAUCGUCAUCAUCUAUCUCCCCCUGUUCAACCUCGAGUUCAGCUUCCCCACCGGAAUCCUAUUUAGCGCGUUUGCCAUCUACCCAGCCAUCGAUAUCGCCAUCAUUCUUUAUAUAGUUUGUGAUUACCGGAAUGCUAUUAAAUACGUGUGGAAGACAAUGAAGGCGACGUGUGUGCCCGAGAGAUACAUCCCGCCGGAAAUCUCAUUUCCAGUCUGCACUAUACAGAAUCUUGUCGCCUAUCCGAUACAAACGACGAGAAUGGUUUGA